CCGGUGACGCCAGAGCUCCUGGUGAGCCCCAGCAGCCAGGACGGGGACCUGGGGUCCGAGUGCCCGGAAGACAGAGGAAACUGGACGGGGCGGCUGGAUUUCCUUCUCUCCUGCAUUGGAUACUGCGUGGGCCUCGGAAACGUCUGGAGGUUCCCCUACAGGGCUUACACCAAUGGAGGAGGAGCUUUCCUGGUUCCUUACUUCAUCAUGCUGGCCAUCUGUGGGAUCCCCAUCUUCUUCAUGGAGCUGUCACUUGGCCAGUUCUCCAGCCUGGGGCCGCUCGCUGUCUGGAAGAUAAGCCCUCUCUUUAAAGGCAUUGGCAUGGGCACGAUCCUCAUCGUCUCCCUGGUGGCCAUUUACUACAAUAUGAUCAUUGCUUAUGUUCUCUUCUACCUCUUUGCAUCCCUCACAAGCGACUUGCCCUGGCAGCACUGCGGCAACUGGUGGAACACUGACCUGUGCCUGGACCACCACGUCAUCAAGGCGGGGAACACCACCUUCCCCGUCAACAUCACCAACACCGUCAGCCCCAGCGAGGAGUACUGGAGCCGGUACGUCCUGCACAUCCAAGGGAGCUCUGGGAUCGGGGAUCCUGGGAGGAUCCGCUGGAACCUGUGUCUGUGCCUGCUCCUUUCUUGGACUAUCGUCUAUCUGUGCAUCCUAAAGGGAGUCAAAUCCUCUGGCAAGGUUGUGUACUUCACUGCCACCUUCCCAUACCUCAUCCUGGUGAUGCUGCUCAUUCGUGGCGUGACCCUGGAGGGGGCCUGGAAGGGGAUUCGCUUUUACCUCACGCCCCAGUUUGAUCACUUGCUGUCUUCCAAGGUGUGGAUUGAGGCAGCCCUGCAGAUUUUCUACUCCCUUGGAGUAGGCUUUGGAGGCCUCCUCACCUUUGCCUCGUACAACACAUUCCAUCAGAAUAUCUACAGGGACACCUUCAUAGUGACCUUGGGCAAUGCUAUCACCAGCAUCCUGGCAGGGUUUGCCAUCUUCUCCGUUUUGGGAUACAUGUCCCAGGAGCUUGGGGUCCCUGUUAACCAAGUGGCAAAAGCAGGUCCUGGCCUGGCUUUUGUGGUGUACCCCCAGGCCAUGACAAUGCUCCCCCUUUCUCCAUUCUGGUCUUUCCUGUUCUUCUUCAUGCUGUUAACCUUGGGCCUGGACAGCCAGUUUGCCUUUAUGGAGACCAUCGUUACGGCAGUGACAGACGAAUUUCCCUACUACCUGCGGCCAAAGAAAGCUUCUUUCUCAGCUGUCAUCUGUAUUGCCCUUUUCCUGAUGGGGCUCAUCCUCACAACAGAGGGUGGGAUGUACUGGCUGGUCCUACUGGAUGACUACAGCGCUGGCUUUGGUCUCAUGGUGGUGGUGAUCACUACCUGCCUUGUGGUGACACGUGUCUAUGGCAUGAAGAGGUUCUGCCGAGAUAUCCACAUGAUGCUGGGCUUCAAACCAGGGCCCUACUUCAGAGCCUGCUGGAUGGUCCUGUCCCCGGCAACAAUGAUGGCUCUGCUGGUGUACAACAUCAUCAAGUACCAGCCCUCUGAGUAUGGCAGCUACCGCUUCCCUGCCUGGGCCGAGGUCUUGGGCAUCCUCAUGGGAGUCCUCUCCUGCCUGAUGAUUCCCAUGGGCAUGGUGGUGGCUGUCCUUGGAGAAGAAGGGACGCUGUGGGAGCGAGUCCAGCAAGCCAGCCGGCCUGCCAUGGACUGGGGCCCAUCACUGGAGGAGAACCGGACCGGCAUGUACGUGGCGAGUCUGGCCGGCAGCCAGUCCCCCAAGCCGCUGCUGGUCCACAUGCGGAAAUACGGGGGCAUCACCAGCUAUGAGAACACAGCCAUCGAGGUGGACCGGGAGAUAGAAGAGGAGGAGGAGGAGGAGUCCAUGAUGUGA